AUGCUAUUUUGGAUACCUUUUUGUGAGAAAAAAGAUAAUGCCACAUCACAAGCAUUGGUUUUAUUUGGUGCCCCUAAGGAAGCUGUUGAGAUUUUUCCUGAAAAUAAAAUGACAAAUACUGAAGAGGUGAACAAAGGCAUUUACUUUAGCUACCCAUGUCGUCGUCACAGCUGUUCUUUAGUAAACAUUCCAGCACCAUGUGUCAACAAAAUGAUUUCACACCUUGAAGGUGUGGAGUCUAAGAUACAAGAACAUUUGAAACAGUUUGAAGCUGCUUUUGAAGAAUGGAGCAGGACUUCUACAAAGGACCUGAAAGAAGAUUGGAGUAUUGAUACAUCAGUCAAAGAAGUCAAACCCAAAGAAGAGAGAGAUGAGAAGUGUCCAGAAUUAAAGCAGGAAAUGGAAACAUUGCUAUCAGAGGCCAUUCAUCUCAUUAAAAGUCUAGAAACUGACCGUGCAGAAGCUGAAGAAGCUUUAAAAAAACAACAAUCGAGAAGGAAAAGGAUAAAAAUGACAAUUGAUUCUUGGUCAAUCUGGAGACUUCAAGAACUCCCUUUAGCUGUGCAGAAAGAACAUGAGGCCUUUUUGAGAGAUACUAUAGAAUUACGAUGGCAUCUUGAAGGAAAAGGUCCUCAGCUAACACAUUUGGAGGAAGAAAAGACAAAACUGGAAGAAGCUAAUGCAAAGCUUCAGGCAGAUAUAGAUUAUAUGAAUGAACAUGGUCCUCAACUGAAUUCAAAGUUGAUCCAGGAACUUGAAGCUCUGAAGGAAUAUCAUAAAAAAAAAAGUGAGGUAAUGGAACUGUACAAACAAAUUCAUGGAGAACUUAAAGAAGCUAUAGAAAACUAUGAAAAUACCAAAUUGAAAGCUAAACAAAUUAGAGAAGAAAUGGAAAAAGAUAUUCAUGAUAAUGAAACAAGCAUAGAAACCUUUAAGAAAAAGAUAGAACAACUUAACUUUCUGUACAGUCACUAUAAUACGUUAAUUCAAAAUAUUCAAAUUAUUAUUGAGGAGAAUGAAGAGGCCAUAACAGAAAUAUUGAAGGAAAGAAAGAUAUCAACAAAUGAAUUAUCUGCUUUAAGGAAAAAGCUAGAUGAUUUGAAAAGACUUUAUGACCAACUAUUUUGGAAGAAAAAAAGUUAUGCAAAUGAGUAUCUGGAAUCACUUAAUAAUUUCUAUGCUGCAAAAAAAACAUGGGAUAUUGAUCUUUCCAAUAUCACAAAAGAUUUUUCAGAUCUUUCAAUAACAUAUGCUCAAUUGUUGGAGGAAAAGAAAAAACUUGAGAUGGAUAUUGAGACUGUUGGAGAUGCAAUCAAUGUCAGUAUAAAGAGAAAAUCAGAGCUUGAAUCUGAAAUCCAAUCUAUGAUGAAACUGAAGUCAAAAAAUAAUGAGUAUCUUAAACAACUAUACAAAGAAGCUUAUCAUGUUGGUGCUAUUUUCCACCUAACCAAAUUUAAAACAGAGGAAUUAGAAGAGCAAAUAGCAGAAGUGAGAAGAAAAUUCAAGGGUAGAGAAGAUUUCUUGAAAACACUCACUCGAGGUGAAGUGACUAAGGCAACGAUGAUUCAGAAAAACCUGUAUGCUCUUCAAGAAAAAUACACACUUGAAAAACAGGGCCUUUUGAAAAAGAUAGUAAUGCACUCCCUAAUACUGGCAGAAAUACAGUCAUCUCUACUUCAUAUAGAAGCAGAUGCAGCAAGGAUCAGAGCUAUCCACAAUGAACAGUCUGAGAAACUACUUCAUAUAAUUGAAGAGAGAAACAAAGUUAAAAAAAAUGUGGAAAGAACAAAGAAAAAAUUGCGUAAAAAGGGGAAGGAAACUCAAGAAGCACUAAUAGAAACUGAGGAAAAAUGCUCAAUGAUAUUUCAUGAAAUAGAGACAAUGAAAAGUAAAACAGUCACUUAUCAAGCAAAAAUAAGAACAUUGAAUACAGACCUUGGAGAAAAAUUACAGGAAAAGCAAAAUUAUGAUAAGAUACUUGACAAUUUGAAGGAAAAUUUUUUUACUAUAAGAUUUAAAAAGGAACAUAUACAAGCUAUUUAUGAUCAUCUCCUAAGUGAGAAGAAAGUCUAUGAAGAGAGGCUCAAUGAAGAAGAACAGAGAUACAGAACUCUUGUUACCAUGAGGCAAAAAACUCUGGCAGAUAUUAAAAAAAUGCAAGAUGAUUCACUAGAAGAAAAUCGACGUUUAGCUCAAGAGUAUCAGAAAUUACAGGUGACUUUCUUAGCAGCAAAGGACCACUAUUUCAAUUUAUAUGAUAGAGAGUUAUCACUUGAUGCUUCAAUUAGAGAUAAGAAACAGCUCUGUCAGCUGCAGAGAAGGAUACAGAAGGUGUGGCAGCAGUACUUCAAACUGGUGGUCCUCUACAGCCGGAUGAGGCUGGCCAAGUUCCAGGCAGACUCUCAGGAGAGCAUUCAGAAAAUAUUAGCUGUGCAGGAAGAAUCUUCCAAUUUAAUGCAGCAUAUCGUAGAUUUCUUCCAGACUUUCCCAGAUGGCCCAUGUGAAAACAAUGGUUAA